AUGGAUCUUCGAGCGAAGUAUUUAUCUUAUAUCUCACGCAUCAACUCAGGCCAAUCUGCCUCUGGUGGACUCUCCGAGUUCGUUAAUGAGGGUGUCGUCCACAAUGACUCAGCGCCAAUGUCGGUGGACGAGUAUGCAAAGAUCAUUACCGAUUCUCAAAGAGACCUUCCAGGAUUAUUCUUCGAGGUCGACAUGCUGGUAGUCGAGGACGAUGCGAGCCAUCAAGCAACAGAAGGUGACGGUUCUGUCGCUGCCAUCAUCAAGUUGACGUACAAUCCUACGCCGACCACGUGGGAAACUUUUCGUGAACAUGUCUUCUACCGGCUUGAGCAUGGGAAGAUCUCGAGGGUUUGGAGUGUCCUGGACGGUGCAGGCUUGAAGUGGAAGGAAAAAAGGGAUGCAUUGGAACAGUAA